AUGAAACCAUCAUUAAUUGAAUGGGCACCGCAUUGUGGUUGGCUUUGUGUGGUGACUCCAGAUGAAACAAAAGGAGAAGCUAACAUUGCUUUCUCGGAUCCAUCGGGAACUAUAAAAGAGAAAGGCCCAUCUAAAACUGGAACAGUGGUCUGUGUGAAAUGGCAUCCGAAGAAGCAGUUUGUAGUGGUUGGAUGGAAAGAUGGAGGAGUUUGCUUUGUCCCAAAAGGAGGUGUUAUAUCUCACACUGUAAUGGAAACGUACCCUCAUCCUAAUCAAGGUGUGGAUUGGAGUCAUGACGGAACCAUUUUGAUGACUUUACAUAAUCCGUCUUCUGUUCAUUUGUACAGCUAUUUGAAUAUAGGAGAGGAUAUAUCAACAUCCAAUCUCAUGCAAAUCGAAUUGGGUGAUCAAGUUAUGUUAUGGUGUAAGCGGCUGAGUUAUGAAAAACACAGAUCAACCAGAAUAUCAGGAGACGACGACAGCGGGGUAGAUGAACCAUCUUUCGGAUCGAAAGACUCUCUAUUGGAUAGGAGAGCAGACAGAAGUUUGGUGCCAACUGGUACCGAAUUCUUGUUUGCAAGUAAAACAGGGCAUAUUUAUGGAGUUGAUACUGAAAGACAAAGAAAUGUUCACAAGUUGGAUUCGGAAGUUAUCUACCUAGCUUACUGUGAAAUGAUUUCUACCAUUAUUGCUUUCACAAGAGACUGUUUUAUAUUCCAUUUAACAAAAGGGUCAGUAGAUGGAAAAUGUGCAGAAAAAGUAAAAGUCAAGUUAGGAGGAACGGCGGACAAGUACUAUAUGGAGCUAAACGAUGGGCUUCUUGUGAUGUGUUACGGAGAAAAAGAAAUUCGAGUUUGGGAUCUAAUCAGAGAAGACAAUGGUACAAUUGCAUUAGAUGUGAGCAAAGGAUUUCAACCAGACGAGACAAUAAAUGUGGUCACAGUGAAUGGGAAACGAGGUGUGAUAACAGCGGCUACCAACCUCGACAACAUCGCCGAGUGGAAAAGAAAACGAGCAGAUACUAAUAUUGAGACCGCAUGGAAACUGAGCCCCAGCACGCAUGUCGAUAGCCCGGUAUCAAUAAUCCGUUGGAGUCCGAUUAUCAGCACAUCCGCUUUAAUAACAGAAGAAGGUCUUAUUCUCCUUGGAGAAAACUCAAUUACGGUCAAAAUGCGGGGAAAGAUGGCAGCCAUCCAGACCAGUUCGAAUAGUUUCACACUUUUGCAUGCGACAAGUGGAGUCUCUCAAGAAUUGAAGUUGUCCAUUCCAUCGGCAAAAGGAAUUUGUCUCGGAGAAAAACAGCUUGUCGUUUGGAAUGAUGAUACGGUGGUCACAUACGAUGUACAAACGUCCCUGGCAACAAUCCAAUGCACAUCGUUCGCAUGUGUUACCACUUCAGUGGCUAUUGUUAAUCAGAAUCUGUAUUGCAUUGAGAAAGACAAAAUAUUUGCAAGAACGCUCCAAGGAACGCUUCGCCAAGAAAUAUCGCUACCGGAAAUUGAAGGAGACCCAGAAAUACUUGAAGUUAAUCGGUCAUGGAUGGCAGUAGCGACAACAAAUGGAUUUGUGAGAAUCUAUAAUUUGAGCUCAAAAGAUGCUCAUCAGGAACAUAACUCAAAGUAUAUCGUCGAAAAUGUUCCGAAUUUCUAUAAGUUUCAUACGAUUAGAAUCAACCACACUGGAAAUAAAGUUGCAGUUACAUAUCUCGAGGAUGUUUCCACAGUAGCUGAACGCCUUCUUGUCUACGACGCUGAACUGGAUUCGGUUUCUUACUUUUCGUUUGACCGGGGAAUGACAGAUACUCAAGAAUAUGAAACACAGGCUGAACUUGCACAUACAAGUAGUGGAAGACCAGUGACAGCAGCUGCUCGGAAGAUGGCACGAGAGCAGUCUCGAUUCCAAAUGAUGAAUCAUCGAGCAGGCGCACUUGAAUGGGAUGAAAACGACGCACGAUAUUUGGUUGUGGAAUGCGUUAAUAUUGAGCCAGAAUCAACGGAUCAACGAGUUCUUACUUGUUUUGUAACAUCAGAGCAUGGUAUUCAACUUCAAGGAAUGCAACCAAAAAGUAUUCAUUGUGGAAAACUGGUGUCUGUUUCUGUUCCCAACUUUUAUUUCGUCCGAAAACCAGGAUGGGAUGAUGAGGACAAUAGAGAUGAAAGAACUAUCGGAAAAACGUUGGUUGCCAAAUGUCUUCGAGAGUUUUUGGGAAAUGAGAACUGUGAUGAGGGAACUCGAAAGGCUAUGAUGGAUUUUUCAUUCUACCUGACAAUCGGGAGUAUGGAUGCUGCAUUUAAAGCGAUUCAGUUCAUCAAGAGUGAGAGUGUUUGGGAUCACAUGGCCUCAAUGAGCAUCAAAACUAGGCGUCUCGAUGUAGCAAUGGUUUGUUUGGGUCAUAUGAAAAAUGUCAGAGGAGCACGAGCUGUCCGAAGAUCUAUACAAAAUGGAGAAAACGAUUCGAUGAAGUGUGCAGCGUUGGCGAUAGAGUUGAGCAUGUUGGAAGAAACAUUGAUCAUUUAUGCUCAAAAUGAGAGAUACGAUUUGAUGAACAAAAUGUAUCAAUCUCAAAAUAUGUGGUCACAUGCUUUUGAGAUCGCUGAAACUAAAGACAGAAUCCACCUACGGAAUACGCAUUACAACUAUGCAAAGUUUUUGGAAGCCAAAAAGGAUUCGACGAGUAUCGAAGCUGCUAUCGAAAAUUACGAGAAAGCCGGAGUUCAUGCAUUCGAAGUAUUCAGAAUGUUGAGAGACUAUCCCAAACAAAUUGAACAAUAUGUUAGACGAAAGAGAGAAGAAUCCCUGUACAGCUGGUGGGGAGCAUAUUUGGAAAGCGUCGGAGAGCUGGAAGGAGCAUUGAGCUUCUAUUCUUCUGCUAAAGAUUACUACUGUAUUGUUCGUGUCAAAAGUUUCCAAGGGAAAAUAGACGAAGCCGCUCGAUUGGCAGAAGAAUCAAAGGAUAAGGCUGCUUGCUACUUGAUUGGAAGAUUGUAUGAUAAUGAAGGAGAUGUGGUGAAUGCCGUCAAAUUCUACACGAAAGCAAGAGCCUUAUCAUCUGCUAUCCGUUUGGCAAAAGAGCAUGAUAUGAAGGAUAGACUUGCGAAUUUGUGUUUAAUGGCUGGUGGAGCAGAACUUGUCAAUGCUGCUAGAUACUAUGAGGAUCUUCCUGGAUAUGCUCAUAAAGCAGUCAUGUUGUAUCAUAAGGCUGGAAUGAUUGGAAGAGCAUUGGACUUGGCAUUCAGAACCGAGCAAUUCAGUGCUCUGGAUUUGAUUACAAAAGAUUUGGAUGCAGGAACCGAUCCGAAGAUUUUGAAACGUGCUGCAGAAUUCUUCGAAAAUAAUCAGAACUACGAGAAAGCUGUGAACUUUUUGUGUCUAGCUAAAGAAUUUGCUAGUGCUGUUCAACUUUGCAGAUCCCGAAACGUCCGAGUAACUGAUAAGUUUGCGGAGUUGAUGACUCCUUCAAAAGAUGACAUGCCAAAUGUAAAUGAGAGAAAACGAGUUUUGGAAACAGUUGCUGAGCUGUGUCUUCAACAAGGAGCUUACUCUGCAUCAGCAAAGAAGUUCACUCAAGCUGGUGAUAAACUUUCUGCCAUGCGAGCUCUACUGAAAUCUGGAGAUAUCCAGAAAAUUCGUUUCUUCGCAACCACUGCUCGAAACAAAGAAAUUUACAUUUUGGCUGCGAAUUUCCUCCAAACCACCGAUUGGCAAGAUAAUGCACAGACUAUAAAAGAUAUUGAAACAUUCUACACUAAGUCGCAGUCCUUCGAGCAUCUCGGAAACUUUUAUAAAUCUGUUGCAAUAAUUGAAGCAGAAAAUUUGAGAACGCUGGAUAAGGCGAUGGGAGCUCUUCAAAUGGCAGCAGUUUGUGUUCAAGAAGCGGAACAGAGGAACAUGUCUUCAGCAGGGAUCGAUGCAUUGAGAGAGGAUCUUAAGAAAUAUGUUGUACAGUUGAGAAAGUUGAUGAGCAUUUUAGACGUAAUGAAAAACGACACUGCCGAUGGAAUGCGCCAAUUGACAACUCUCGCAGAAGAAUCUCAGGAAGAUGACAUUGUUCCUUGUACUCGAAUCUUCGCUCUGAUUAUCGUCGAUCAUGCUACCAAGAAAAAUUGGAAACAAGCAUACAGAUCAAUCACCGCGCUACUCAAAAAAUGUCCGAAUAUUGAUAUUGAGAUAUUCGUCGAUUCAUCCACUCUGGAUAAGAUCUGUGAUGAGAUGAGAAUGGGAAGAGUGACAAAGAAGAAGAAGGAAGAAGUGGAAUCAGAUGGUGAAGAAGUGGAUUUCUCUCAUUCGUUGCGACGACAAAAUGUUAAUUGA